AUCACCAACCGCGCGGUUGCACCACGCUACGCUUGGGCUUUGGCUCGCUUUAAAUGCGUGCAGCGCCCCGCACGAACCGAGCUUUGGUUUUUGCCUCGAGGAGUUUGCCAUGGAGGCUGCGGGGCUCAGCUCGUGGAUGCGGGGUUUUCUCCUGCCGUCGCUGUGGGAGGCGGAGGUCGCCGUCUCCGCGGCCGCGCUGCUCGUCGCGGCACUGCUCCUCCUCUUCCUCGACCAGGCGGUCCAGUCCAGCACCAAGUCCCCGGCUUCCUCCUCGUCGCCGCCGCCCUCUCCUACCACUACGGCAGCCGCGAGCUGCCGCCGAGACGGUGGUUGUGGUGGCUGCGGCUGCCGGCGCCGGCGGGCGAAGGGGAAGCCAGCGGCCGCUGAACUUGGAGGCACCAGCAAGGUUGCUCUUCCAGAUGGUAGCCCUCACUCUCGGGGCAGAACCAGCUAUGUGAUCAAGCUGGAGCUGCUCUGUGCCAAGUACCUCAUCGGCGCCAACUUGAACGGGAGCUCCGAUCCUUACGCCGUCAUCUCCUGCGGCGAGCAGAGACGCUUCAGUUCCAUGGUGCCUAGCUCAAGAAACCCGUUGUGGGGGGAGGAGUUCAACUUCCUGGUUAGAGAGCUCCCAGUUGAGGUAACCAUAACAAUGUACGACUGGGACACAGUGUGCAAGUGCAAAGUUAUUGGAUCUGUAACUGUAGCCGUUCUCGGUGAAGACGAAGCAGGAGCUACUUGGUUCGACCUGGACAGUAAAUCUGGUCAGAUCUGCCUGCGUUUUAGCUCAGCUAAAGUAUUUCUGACUUCUGAGAGUCUGUUUGACCAAUGUGUUGGAAUCGAGUCCGAGAGAACGAUGAUGCUAAGCAAGCAAUACCUGCCAAUAACUCAAGAUAGUGGCCUUCUACAAGCUAUAUUUGAACUUCCUCAUGAUGAAAUUGUUCACCAAAGUUAUUCUUGUGCUCUGGAGAGGUCUUUCCUGCACCAUGGGCGUAUGUACAUCUCCUUAUGGCAUCUGUGCUUCCACUCCAAUGUAUUCUCCAAACAGUUGAAUGUGAUUAUUCCAUUACAAGAUAUAGAUGAGAUAAAAAGAAGUCAGCAUUCCCUUAUCAACCCAGCAAUUACUAUUUUUCUUCGUACCGGUUCAGGUGGUCAUGGAACACCCCCUUCAUGCAGUCAAAAUGGAAGAAUCAGGUACAAAUUCACAUCAUUCUGGAAUAGAAACCGCACAUUUCGGGCCCUGGAGAAUGCUCUGCAGAGUUACAGGGCAACCUUAGAAGCUGAAAAACAGGUCAGAAUGCAUUCACUUCAACAAAGAAGAAGCAGCGAUGUCAUCUGUAGCAAAAUAGAUGACCUAAAGACAGCAGAAAGAAGCAUUGAACAAGCAAAAGCAUUCCAACCUUUCAUCAAUGAACAUGUUCUUGUAGAUGCAACCAGUAAAACCUUCCCUGGCACAUCUGAGAAGUUCUUCAGUAUCAUAUUAGGUGACAAUUCAAUGUUUUUCCAGCAGUAUCGACAUGGAAGAAAAGAUACAGAUUUAAAGCUUAGCAAGUGGUACCCCUCAGAUGAGUAUGGCGGCAAGAUCCGCGAAGUGAUGUUCAGGUCUCUAUGCCACAGUCCUUUAUGUCCCCCAGAUACUGCAGUGACAGAAUGGCAACGUGCUUCUUUCUCAAAGAACAAAACAAAUCUGAUCUAUGAGACAAAGCAUCAGGCACAUGAUGUUCCAUUUGGUUCUUACUUUGAGAUCCACUGCAGGUGGCAUCUAAGAACAACCUCCAGUUCAACAUGUCAAGUUGAUAUAAAGAUUGGAGUAAACAUGAAGAAAUGGUGCAUUUUGCAAUCCAAAAUAAAGUCUGGAGCAACUGAUGAGAUAUCAAGCUAAAUAGGAAAGGAGGGUAAGCUAUAAGCAUAGUUCAAAUAUGGCUUCAAAGGUUAGUUCAAGAAUAUACAUCAGAUGGAUUUGAAGGCGCUCUGAACAAUGCUUAUCAAGAACACACUGCGGAAAGGCUGAUUCACAGCCAACCUGGUAAAAAGGGCAGUUAAUAAGCUUCAUAGGGCAAACUGAUGCACAAUGCCUGUCCAUCUCACACCGCAUAACAUGCUGCUCGCACAACUGCUCACAUGGUAGGACUUUGAAUGGGCAGACAGAGUCAUGCUUCUCAAUGUGAUUAGCAGAAAAGGAAGCUAAACAUCCAUCAUUUUUGCAGUUUACUAUCCUAAAUCUACACAGAUUCCUGUGUUCAGCCAGCUUAUCUUGUGUGUCAAAUCUCUCAGGGCAAUGGAUAAUGCAUUUCAUGUCUAUACUCUUAAGAAUAGUCCCUGCAGUAGCCUCUCUAACAUCUGGUGCCCAGAAGUUCUCCAUCUCCAGCUUCUGUAUGAAGUCUUUAAUUUUGUUCAAGCGGGUUUCGCUAGACAAAAACCCAGACACAUGGCUCAACAAGUUCCGUUUUGAUGCUACAAAACCA